AUGGAUACGCUUAUUCAACUUGCCCACUUGUCGGAGGAGGACCUUCUUAGCUUUUCAGAAAAGGUGGCUGAAAAUCUUGCCGUCGCCUUCGAUAGUUUAUCACACGAAGCUCUUGAGGCAAAGGACCGUUUAAAACGGUACGAGGAGGAACAGAGUAAGAAGCAACAAAGUCCUAAUAACUUCUUAAUAGAGAGGGAGUUGAAUUGUCUACAAGGGGAAUGCUCUCACCUUAGAUCCGAACUUGAUGCUGUUAACACAAAUCUGACCACCCUCCGUGAAGCUCUUGCUAAAGAGGAGAACAAGUCUCUGGAACUUACAAGAGAGCGGGAUAAUUUGAACAAUAAACUUGUGGAUAAUCUUUCCGUUACCACCGAGCUUGAGUUGGUUAUCAAAAACCUUGAAAAUGAUAAGGAGAGCCUAAAUGAACUCCUAAGUAAAAAAAUGUCAGAAUGUGAACAAACAUCUGCUGAACUACGAGAAAUUCAGAAUGAGGUUCAGUCGGCACGUCGUUUGAAGUCUGAUGCUCUAACACAAUUGGAGGAGGUGAAAACCGAAAAAGCUCUUCUCGCUCUUCGUGAAAAACGGCUAGAAGAUACAAGCGAAUCCAUAAAAAAUCAGAAUCUUUGGCUAGAAGAAGAAUUACAUAAAGCAAAUGACAAACUGCUUUCAUUUCGGCGAGAUAAUUCUGAGAGAUUUCUAACUCUUGAAUCGGAGUUGGUCUCUAGGAGGACGGAACUUGAGAACGCCCAAGUCACCAUAGCCAAAUUGGAGGAUCUCGUCAAACAACUAACGAAGUCCAAUGAUGACCACAUUGAAAAGUUGAAAUUGCGCACGGAUGAGCUGGUCAAUGCGGAACAACUACAUACUAACGAACUGGAGGCUCAACGUAGACUCACUGAUUUAUAUAGGGAUCAGGCUAGUGAUGUCGAAAAAAAGUAUGAGGAAAUGCAAAAGGCUGUGACUGAAAUGCAGGAGAUGCUUAAGCAAGGACAUGAGCAUGUCUCCAAAUUGCAAUCAGAAAAGACUAGUGUCGUCAACGCCCUGGCGGCUGAGAAAGAUAAAUUAAUGUCAGAGAAUGCGGCUCUUGCCCGUGAGUUAGCCGCUGCUAAAGAAAUCGUCGACAAAUUUCGUAUUCAGGGGCUCUCAGAAGACGAACUCCGUAGACUCAACCCAGCGGUGGCUACUACAAUAGCCUCUUUGAAGCGCGGAAGAAGUCUAACUGAAAUAUAUUCAGACUACGUGCAGGUUGUAGAAGAAAGGGACCUACUGAAACUGGACAAGGAGCGCCUGACAGAACACAUUCGUGAAAUGAUGGCGCAGUUAGAGGAGAAAGCUCCUUUGCUACGAUCACAACAGGAGGCCUUUUAUAAAAGCAGGGAUCGGGUUGCGGAACUGGAGACUCAGUUGGGAGCUGCUUUAACGAAUGCAAAGGAGAAGCAGGAUGUUGCAGAGGACCAGCGCCGUCGCUCAAGCUACUUUCAGCGCCAAAAUAAACUUCUGAAACAGAGUUGUAAGGACCUUUCUAUCCAGGUGAAAACUUUGCUGCAUGAACUGGAAACCGCCCGGGGCACAGUCAUAACGUCUAUUGAGGAGGAAAAUAUUCAAGUCUUCCCCGAUAGUAGCACAAACGACAUUGACAGUCGCACGCUCCUCAAUCUCUGUUCGGCUGACAACUCAACUGCCGCUUCAGUAAUCGACAAAAACUUGGUUACUUUCCGCAGUCUCUCCGAGUUGCAGACGCAGAACGCAAGACUUCUUCUAGUUGCAAGGGACUUAGCAUCUCAGUUGGAGGAUCAUGAAUCGAAGAAGGACCUUUUGGCAAAUCAGGUAUCCGAGAUCACGGCUAAAGUAGAAGUGCUUUCCGGUGAAGUCGACGUGGCUCGUUUGGCUGCUUCUGAGGCGAGAUCUGAAGCCAACUUUGCUGCACGCCAGCGAGACGCUUGCAAGGCUCUGCUCCAACGCCAUGCGAUCCCCUUACCCGAUUUCUCUGUCCGUAACGAACUGACACCUCAAAAGUGUGUUGACUCGAAUACGAAUCCUCAUGAUAGUGCCAUCGUUCUUGCUCAUCUUGGAGUCAUGGGCUUUGGUUUUACUCUUGAAUUGUCAGAUCGGUCAGCAUCAGCAUUAGACCGGACUGGCGGUUCGACACAAAUGCUGCAUCAAUCCCAAACGAUAGUGAAACUGGAAGAAACGCUGUUGUCUUUGCACGCUGAAUUCAAGCAGUAUCGUGAGGACAAAGCUAGAUCCGAUGAAGUCUAUACAGGAACAAUAGAAAAAUUGCGCAGGGAGUCUACUGAAGCAAGAAUCCUUAACCAAAAGUUGGCAGCUCAGUUGGACUUCACUCAUGAGAAGUUUCGUACCCUGGAGUCCAACGUGGCCAACUACAAGCAAGAGAUUUCCAUUCUACGCGAAAUGAACGCGCGCUACACAACCUCGGCAGCAGCGAGUGAUGAGGCGCUCAUUGCGUUGCGUGAACAAUCGGCGCGCACCGGCGACCGUCUGGCAGCCGCCGAGGUGGAAUGUCGCCAACUCAUCCGUCAACUGGAGCACACUCGGGCCAAUGAGGCGCGUCUUUCGCAUGAACUUGAAAUCGCUCAAAAGACUACUCUUAUGCACGAGCACCUCAUGCAUCAACUGCAAUCGAUUCAGAUCAACCUGGAGCACCGGGAGGAGAUGGAAGCGCGGCAGGCUACUCGUCACAUUGAGGCGCUAGAGGCGAAGCUCGAAGAGUUGAAAAAAGGCUCCGAAGACAGACAGCAGCAGUUGUUGUCUUUGAACGCAACAUUACAAACAGAACUUUCGCAUACCAGGCAGGCGCUCCGUAGUGCUGAAGAGGAGGUAUCCCAAUUACGAGCGGCUAUCGCUGCUAACAAGCCUUCGUCGCCGAUUUCAAAUACUGGGUCUUCGGAUCUCCAAACUCAGGCAUCUUCUUCGUCAGCUAAUGAACAGCUUACAUCUGCUGAUGUUACUUCAGGUGAUGGGGCUCAGCUCAUGCCUACACAGUUGCGAAAUCUUGAGCAUGAGUGCGCUUCGCUCCGCGUCUCUCUUGAGGCAGUUCGUAAGCAGUGCGCUGAAUACCAACAUCUGGGUAUCGAAAUGGAGACUCAUAUUGCAAAACUUACAAAGGAACGGGAACACCUUGAACACACUCACGCGACGGAAAUUGAAGACGCCAGUCAACGCUGUGAGCUCCUCAGUCUGCAGUUGGUAUUGGAGAAGAGCGAGCGCCAGGACUUGAUUCACGAGAAGACGCGCCUUACUGAGGAAUAUCAGACUUCGCUGAAGAAGCUUCGAGACGAUCUGGCCUCUGUGCAGCUGGCACUGAGGGAUGCUGAGGAGCGUCAGGAGGCUGCACUCAAGCUAGAGUCGUCAGCGCACUCCGAAGUCGCUGCUCACCAAAAAGCGGCCCAGGAAGCCCGAGAGAAGUACGAAACGGAACUCCGCCUCCAUGCACAGGAUGUACAGCUGUUGACGGAGGCUCGAAAGCUGGCUGACGAGGCACGAGCAGAAGUUGAGGGUCUUCGAGCCGCCCUGGAGACGACCAAAGCAUCAUUGGGGCAAUCGGAAGAGCAGUUGACGGCUCAGACUAGCCUCUGGGAGGAGUCGCGUGCGCGUCUCGUUAAGCGCGUUGAAGAUGCCGAUGCGGAGAUCAAUCGCCUCCAGGAGCAGAUUCUGACGUUGACGGAGCAAAUAGUGAGUCUUCGCAAGUUAAUGGAUCGUUCCAGUGACCAGUCCUUCUCCUGUGAAGAAUCGGGUGGACAAAUCAAGGAGUCUGAGGACUUCAUACACCUACUGGAGUAUCUUCGCAGACAAAAGUCAAUCGCCGAAGCAGCUGAAGAAUCCGCUAACGCUGAGGUGAGCCGUCUACACCUGCGCACCAAGACUUUGGAGAUGCAGGUCGCCGAUCUUGAGGCAAAGUUGGCGGAAGAGCGUCAAAGAAAUGAGGUUCAGCUGGAAACCUCUAGUCAGCAUGCCAAUCUUAUGCAGCAAAUUGAACAAGUGAACUUGCUCAGCGAAUCGAAUCGCCUUCUUAGACAGGAACGUCAGAUGAUCCGCGAUGCUGCAGUUCGAGCGGAGGAACGACUGACCGCCUUAGCUAGAGAAAUGGAGCCACUUCGUACGCAAUGCAAAGAACUGGGGGACGCACAAGAGAUUCUUGCGUUGGAGAAGCGCUCGCUUGCUGAGGAGCGGGAUCGCUGGAAGGAGCGGUGUACGCGCCUCGUGGAGACCUCUAUGAGAAUGGACCCCGAGGAAUACAAGCAGGCGUGCAAUGCCCGGGACCAGUUGCAGGCUACUUUGAAGGCAACUGAAGAGGUAAAAGCGAUUGCAGAGCGUGAAUCGGCAGCCCGUAUCGCUGCUCUGGAACAGCAGAUAUCUGAACUCUCGUCCAAUCUCGUCCAACGCGAGUCUGAAGGCCAGAGCUUUACUGCUAAGCUUGCAUCUCUCGAAGGCCAAUGCAAAAUACAGGAAGAUGAGCUGGCAAAGAGACAGGUCAAGAUUACGAAGCUUCGUGAAAUUGGACGCAAGUAUCGUCAAGAGGCUGAUGAAUUGAAGCGUCAACUGUCCAAUACACAGGAGCAAGAAAAGAGCAUCAAGACAACUGAGGAAGCAAUCAUUGCUGUUCGUGCCGAUCUCUUGAAUGCUCAAGCAAAUCUACAGAUUGAGCAGGAGCAGUCGUCAAUGUUGCGACAAGAAAUGGAUCACCUCCAGCAAUUGAUUGAUCGAGUUGAGUCGCUGCCGGAUUUGGACCCCAUCAAGCAUUCACCCCCAGAAUCGCUUAUCGGUAGUAGUAUACCAACAUCCUCCCGCGCUUCUGUUACCUAUAAUCGUCUGAAUCACAUUCUCUCCACAAUGAUUGCCGAGUUCUACCGCAUGCGAGGUCAAGCGGAAGAGCAAUCAGAGCGACUCCUACGCAUGCAGUUAAUCGAGUCCCAACUGGCCAAAACUAAGAGCCAAUGUGAUGAACUGAAAGCGCAAUUGGCAUCUGUCAUGGCAGCUGCUUCCACUGAAGCUGUCAGCACCGUGCAUUCUGCUGCCACAACUUCGAAUCGAAAGACAUCUCAACACAUCUGUAAUUGCUCGACUGACGUACAGGCAGAAGCGGUAGAUCAGCCGAUCUCAUCGCCGGAGACCACGGGCAAUGCAGCAGUUACUAAAUCAGCCACCUCGACGGUGGCUACAGGGGGUGCAUCCUGGGGAUUGCGAGCUGCAGCAACAGUGCAGCCAGUGCAGACGUCCCCUCCGUCUACCGCUUCUCCAAGCCCCCUUUCGUCUGCUGCUAGACAGACGGCAGAAAUUCGUCCUCUGUCAAACCUCGUAGCCACCGUUCUUCCUACCACUACUGCAGGAGUCGCUAUGGAGCCCCAGGCUAGCAUUAAUGGCAGCAGCUACCUCUCACCUCUCAAUAUCCAACCUACGGAAACUACCACCAAUGUACUAGGAAACGUCCAAACCCUGGAUUUACAACCACUUUCCACAGCCACGAUGAAACCUUUUGUAAGGUAUCCUUCAACAGUACAUUCGGCUGCGGGCCCGUCGUCUGUUGCGGCAAAUGAUCGAGCAGAUUCUUGUGCGUCGUCACUUCCUCGAUGCUCCCUUGUUACAAAGCGUACCUACGAGGAGGCGAUCUUGAGUGACGAGCAGCAGACAUCUGCAACUGCCGAAACUGGGGAAGACGAGACCGCCUUCCCUCUAGUCACUUCUGCCUCACCUGACAUCCAAGUGUCGAAGCGCCUUAAAUCCGCCUAUUUUUCUGCUUCUCCUGCCACCAGUAGUGCCUCUGUGUUAUCUGUGCCUCCGGUAAACCCUGUGCCAACUCCAACUACUUCUCUUGCGUCUUCUGUGAUUACCGAAACAAGAGGAGCAGAGGUCGCGGAAGACGAGGCUCGGGUAGAGACGGUUAAAGAUGGUGAAAACGUGGAAGAGGGGAGGGAAGUAGAGGAAGAGCCAGUUACGGAGGAGGCGCUUUUAGUGGACUUUCAUGCGCUAAAUGAGGGCGAGGAUACCGGAGUGCAAUCCGAAAGGGAGGAGCAAGAAGACUUCGGUCUAGUCACUGAGGUUUCCAGUGAUCAUCAUGAACGGACAAAUCAGAUGCGUGAUGGAGUUGAAGAAGAGGGAGAGGAGAAUGUGAAUACAAAUGAGGAGGAGGUGGAGGAGGAGGAGAAUAAUGCUAUUCAGACCGACUGUGAAGCUGAUGAGGAUAAUGAUGAUGAUGACGAAGAUGCGGAAGCAAGGGAGGUGGAAGAUGAGGAUGAGGAGCAAGACGAGGGAGGAACCUACACUCCAGUGAUUAUUCUCAGUAGCGGCGAAGAAGUCAAUGAAGAUGAGGAUGGGGAGGAAGAAGUUGAGAUUAGGGAUGAAUCAAAUGCUGAAGAGGAGGAGGGGGAGGACGAAGACGACGUGGAGGAGGCAGAAGUAGAAGAGGAAGGUGAUGAGGACGUUCGAAGUGGUGAGGAAGUGGAAGAAGUGGAAAGUCAAAACGAGGAUACAGAAGGUGACGAAGAUAACGAGGGCAAAUCUCAUGAAGGGGAGAUAACAGAGUGCACUCGGCCAUCUGCAGUCACGUCCACCUCGUCGCGGAGCGCUUCUCUUUUCAGCCAAAGUGGUAUCGAACCCCCUAGCACCCUCUUCAGCUCUACUAUGCCUCCCAAAACCGGCGGACUGUUUUCUGAUUUGAAACGCCUAGCCUCGACUGAUUCCAAGUCUAGCUCACUCUUCGGUGGUAUGGCGGCCUCUGCACCACGAAGUACAUUUGCAAGCAUUCUGACACAGCAACCUCAGCCUGGCAGCAGCUUCAUUCGUCAAUCUAUCAUUCCUGGGCCUGCCUCCGUCUCUACGAGGCUCGCCACCCCGGGUGGUGUUGGUGAAAUGGCUCCCGCUCCUAGCAAGCAAAAGAUCCGUCCGAUUGUGUGGACGGAAUCGUCGAACGUCUCUAGGAAGCCCUCUGCUCCUUCUAGCACUUCUACCUUCAGUCCCUUCGGACCUCCACUAGGCGGUGUUCUUGGUCGGCGCAAGAAUUGGGGUCCCAUCGGUGGUGGAGCUGGCAGAGGGGCUCCCAGAGGAAGCCAUCGAUGA